AUGUCUCUAAGCCCCAACGGAGUCACAGACGCUCGACCUGGAGCUCUGCUUCCGACAAAUGUUACACUCGGCUGCGCACUGUUUGCAAGUGACAGCCGAGGCGACAAGCGGAAGGUCGAGGUGGGCGCCGCGUAUGGACACGCGGAAAAAGAAAAGGAGCGAGCUCGGCGAAAAUGGAGGCCCCGUCGGCGACGAGCGGACGAGGCUGCGGACGAGGUCACGCACGCGGCGCACCCGGAGAAGUUGAACGGCGAGAGGUACAGGUGCAGCACACCGAAGAACGGAUGCGAGGAAGACGGCGUCCGCAACGGCAACGCGGGACGGACGAGGCUGGACGGCGUGCACACCGGCGACGCGUGGCGGCACUGGAACUGGAACGAGGACUGGAACUGGAACCGGAACUGGACUGAAGCGCGCGUCGACUUCGCAAGUGCUACCAAGUGCGUGCCGGAGCAGGAGCUUGCGCAACCGAUCAUUACAAUUGGCGGCAAUCGCCUCGCUGUCGUUCUCAAGCAAUUCGCUGCUCAGCUCCGGACACUCGGCCUAGCUGACUAA